CCUCGUCCCAGCCUUCACGCAGCCUCGCUCAUUCAGUCAAGCUCUUCUAGUGCCUUCUCAUCGCCCCGUCCACCGCCCGGCACCGCGAAGAGCACCUUCGAUGUCGUCGUCCACGUCCAGACAAGCACCCGUCAUCGUGAUCACCGGGACCCCCGGCACGGGCAAGACCACGCAUGCUCAGCUGCUCGUCGAGGAAUCACCGGUUCCACUCAGGCAUAUCAACGUCGGAGAGUGGGUUAAGCAGAAGGAGCUGUACGAGGAGUACGAUGAGGACUGGCAGAGCUAUACGGUCGACGAGGACAAGCUCCUAGAUGAAUUAGAGCCCAUAACUUCCGCGGGCGGUGUGAUACUUGAUUGGCAUACCAGUGAUAUAUUUCCGGAGCGAUGGGUCGAUCUGGUAGUAGUGCUUCGGUGUGAUCAUAGUCAACUAUGGGAACGUCUGGAAAAACGGGGUUACCCACUGAAGAAGGUCCAAGAGAAUAACGAGGCUGAGAUCAUGGAGGUCGUCCUGGACGAGGCGCGAUCAUCAUACGCACCAGAGAUCGUGGUCGAGCUUAAGAGCGAAAGUACGGAGGACCUAGAGUCCAACGUAGCACGGAUAGUCCAAUGGAUUGACGCAUGGAAACAAGAUCAUGGAGCAACGAAUCAAUGAACAUUGCAUUCGGGACUAGCACGACAGCGACACUCAGCGGAUGGUGAUACAGUAACAGCGUAGGUGACAGACAGUUACACUCCCUCACAUUCAAGCCGGCCCUAUUACCCACAUCCGCUUGCGGUCCCGCAACUCGAGACCACCAGGCGCCUCCUGCUCCGUUCGGAUACGCUUGGCCGAUUUUUUCUUGCCCUCGGAGAUGCGAACCUUCUCGAAGUAGACGUACCUAGGCGGAGCACAGUUAGUCUAACAGCUACAUACCAUGCCAGUUGCAAAUAUGAGCCUUACGCGGCGUAGUACGUGCCAUUCUCCGCGCCCCCGGUCGGCCCGCUCUGCUUCACUAGUGAAGGGCACGACAUAUCAGUCUUAUUGCAGACUCGUCGACACGUAGACGCAACUUACUGAAGCGGUUAUAGGAGUUGUUG